AUGCCGACAAACUUUGUCAGCUACGCUGUCUACUUCCCGAUGGCCAGUCUUUACUCGAACUCGCUGCUCGCUUCAUUCAAUAUGCGCGACUUCCUCGGCAACAAAGAAGAGUCGUCAACCUAUGCACUCUCUGCAGUCUCGCCUGUGACAUACUCGCGCAGCCAGCAGCGAGACUCGUCUGCGCGGGUAUCGAAGACGUGUUCUCCAGGCCAUCUGGAGUCGACAGGAGGCAUGGUUUUCCAUAUCGCGACAGAGCAAUCGAAAUCCUCUACAAUGGCGGAUUAUGCUGGCAGUAGCCUAUGCUAUCCCAUGCAGUUCACUUCCAGGCUUCUAGCACCCUUGCGUUCGGUUGUACUUGAUGACGAAAUUGACAAUAGUACGGGUCUCUCAGUGUACUUUCCGACGGCGAAUCGUAUGUCUGGUUCACACAAUCUACCACAUGCACUGACCUGUCGCGCGCUUCAAGGCGAGGUAUUGACUCUCCGCCCCCCUCCCAUGGAGCCGUCCGCACACUGGCACCGAGCCUACGUGUUGCUCCGGGACACCGAUUCGGACGACGGCGACCUAGUCACCCACGUCCAGAUAGUAAAGUCUAUAGUCACGCUAUGGGGCUUUGCGGAUGGUAUGAGGGUGGCGCUGUUCUUGGCAUACACGGACGUAACAACUACCUUGCGCGUUGGUAGAGGCUGGAAGUGUCAUCGGGUCGAGUCGAAAUGGGCUGAUGUUCGGAGCACAGGACCUGCCAAAGCGAUCCCGCUGCUCGAGCGCGUGUCCAUCACACCUGCCUUGGCGGUGCAUCGAGCUGUGCAGGGCCUUGCGGCUAUCAUCGUCCUCCCAGCUGCGCUGAUCUGCUGCUCUCCGAAUAGGCGCCUCGAGCCCUGUCGGAGUACCCGUCGAGUCUCCGCCUGA